AUGUUGAUCAAAUGGGUGGUGCUGUUGAGUAGCCUUUUUUGUUUGGCUGAACUCACAGGCAUCAAAUGGCGUAGGUACAAUUUUGAAGGUCAUGGGGACUGUGGCCCUAUCAUUUCAGCCCCAGCCCAGGAUGAUCCAAUCCUGCUCAGCUUCAUCCGCUGCUUGCAGGCCAACCUGCUCUGUGUGUGGCGCCGCGACGUCAAACCGGAUUGUAAGGAGCUGUGGAUUUUCUGGUGGGGAGAUGAGCCAAACCUUGUAGAUGUGAUACAUCGUGAGCUGCACAUGGUGGAAGAAGGAUUGUGGGAGAAUGGACUUUCUUAUGAGUGUAGGACCUUGCUCUUCAAAGCAAUUCACAAUCUUCUGGAGAGGUGCUUGAUGGAUAAAAACUUCGUAAGAAUUGGAAAAUGGUUCAUAAGGCCCUAUGACAAGGAUGAGAAGCCUGUCAAUAAAAGUGAACAUUUGUCCUGUGCCUUCACAUUCUUUCUCCACGGGGAAAGCAAUGUGUGCACAAGCGUGGAGAUUGCUCAACACCAGCCCAUCUACCUGAUCAAUGAAGAGCAUAUCCAUAUGGCCCAGUCCUCCCCCUCGCCCUUCCAAGUUUUGGUGAGUCCUUAUGGUUUAAAUGGUACACUCACGGGCCAGUCAUACAAGAUGUCAGACCCAGCAACUCGUAAAUUGAUGGAGGAGUGGCAGUAUUUUUACCCUAUGGUGCUGAAGAAAAAAGAAGGGAUGAAAGAGGAAGAAGAGUUGGGAUAUGACAACGAUUUCCCUGUAGCAGUUGAAGUCAUUGUUGGUGGUGUAAGGAUGGUAUAUCCUUCAGCCUUUGUUCUCAUCUCCCAGAGUGACAUCCCUGUGUCACAGAACGCUGCCAAUACUGGAGGCCAUAUAAAUAUGGGACAGCAGGGGCUUGGAAGCAUGAAAGAUCCUGCUAGUACCUGUGGGAUGCCACUCACUCCACCCACUUCUCCAGAGCAGGCUGUUAUGGGAGAAAGUGGUUGCUCUCAGAGCAGUGUCAGCCAUUCAGCUGUACAGGAGGGGACAGUCAGUGUGCACAGUCCAAAGAAAUCAGGCAAGAUUACUCCAAAAUUUCACAAUCAUAUGGUUCACCGUGUCUGGAAGGAAUGUAUCCUCAACAGGUCACAGUCCAAGAGGAAUCAAAUUACAACUGCAAAUCUGGAAGAGGAAGUUCCUAACAAUACUGUUUCUUGGGAUUUUGUGGAUCCAGUCCAAAGAGUCAGUUGUUCUUGUUCCAGGCACAAGGUUUUCAAGCAGCGCUGUGCUGCUGGCUCCAGCCGCCCCCCAUCCAUCAGCCAGCCGGGGUUCAGCGUGGGGACAUCGUCCUCCUCGUCCCUGCCACCUCCUGCCUCUUCAAAGCACAAAACCACAGAGAGACAGGAAAAAGGAGAGAAACUGCAAAAAAGGCCUAUGAUGCCAUUUCACCAUCGGCCCUCUGUGACUGAAGAGCUAUGCAUGGAGCAGGACACAUCAGGGCAGAAACUGGGAUUAGCAGGAAUUUUUAUGGAACCCUCCUUAGAAGUCCCUAAUUCCAGAAAAUACGAGAAGCCUCUAUCUAUACCUGCUAGAAAUCCAAGCAAGCAAAUGAAUAUGAAUCCUAUGGAUUCACCCCGUUCCCCCACGUCCCCUCUGCCUCCCACACUUAGUCCCCAGCCAAGAGGUCAGGAAGCAGAGAACCUGGACCCACCAUCCGUACCUGUAAACCCAGCACUCUAUGGCAGUGGGCUGGAGCUUCAGCCCUUGCCCAGCUUAGAUGAUAGGGCAGUCCUUGUUGGACAGAGGUUACCUCUGAUGGCAGAGGUCAGUGAGACAGCGUUGUACUGUGGGAUCAUGCAGAACAAUGAGUCUUUAGAUGUGUGGAGGAGCUAUAGUGUCCCAUCAAGUGAUGAUCCAGAGUUCAGGCCGCCAGACCUUCCCUGUGAGAGAUACGAUGCCAAGCUGGAGAUGAACUCAGACAGCACUGCACUGAAAAGGCUCUUGGCACAACCUAAUAAACGGUUUAAAAUUUUGGAAGAGCAGAAACCAGUGCAGACACUGAACUAUCUUGACCCCUUGCCCCUAUUACAACAGCCUGGAGAAGGCUUGGGAGACACUAGUGAUCCUUACACUUUUGAGGAUGGUGAUAUAAAGUACAGCUUCACUGGCAGUAAGAAGUGCAGACUUGGGGCUGAGAAGGAUCCUUUGAAAAAGAACAAGUCAGAAGAUGGAAUUGGUACCAAGGAAAUCUCCACAACAGGUCAUUCUACACCAGUUCCUGAUGGAAAAGAUGCCAUGUCUAUUUUCAGUUCUGCUCCUAAGACUGAUACGCGGCAAGACAACGCUGCAGGCCGGGCAGGCUCCGGGAGCCUCACCCAGGUGACAGAUCUGGCUCCAUCACUCCAUGAUCUAGAUAAUAUCUUCGAUAAUUCAGAUGAAGAUGAGCUUGGUGCUGUGUCACCAGCUCUUCGGUCAUCAAAGAUGCCCACGGUGGGAUCUGAGGAGCGCCCCGUGGGGAAGGAUGGUAGAACAGCAGUACCUUACCCACCAACUGUGGCAGAUCUCCAAAGGAUGUUCCCAACACCACCCUCUUUAGAACAACACCCUGCCUUCUCCCCAGUAAUGAGUUAUAAAGAUGGAAUAAGUUCAGAGACUGUGACUGCCUUGGGAAUGAUGGAAAGUCCCAUGGUCAACAUGGUUCCAACACAGCUUGCUGAGUUUAAAAUGGAGGUGGAAGAUGGAUUAGGUAGCCCUAAACCAGAAGAAAUUAAGGAUUUUUCGUACGUGCACAAAGUUCCAUCAUUUCAACCUUUCGUGGGCUCCUCCAUGUUUGCUCCACUGAAGAUACUGCCAAGCCAGUGCCUCCUACCUCUGAAGAUACCAGAUGCCUGCAUUUUCAGGCCUUCUUGGGCUGUUCCUCCUAAAAUUGAACAACUUCCUUUGCCGCCUGCAGCCACUUUCAUUAGAGAUGGUUACAACAAUGUGCCUAGCGUGGGGAGUUUGGCCGACCAGGACUAUCUUCAGAUGAACACUCCCCAGAUGAACACGCCGGUGACACUGAACAGCGCGGCCCCAGCCAGCAACAGCGGGGCAGGGGAGCUGCCCUCGCCACCCGGCACGGUGCAGCCCAUCCCCGAGGCCCACAGCCUGUACGUCACCUUGAUCCUCUCAGACUCGGUGCUGAACAUCUUCAAGGACCGGAACUUUGACAGCUGCUGUAUCUGCGCCUGCAACAUGAACAUCAAGGGUGCUGACGUGGGAUUGUACAUCCCGGAUUCAUCCAACGAGGAUCAGUACCGCUGCACCUGCGGCUUCAGCGCCAUCAUGAACCGCAAACUGGGUUACAACUCUGGGCUCUUCAUUGAAGACGAGUUGGAUAUUUUUGGCAAGACCUCGGACAUUGGCCAAGCUGCAGAAAGACGACUGAUGAUCUGUCAAAGCAACUUGAUUUCUCAGCUGGGAGAGGGAGCUAGAAGGACCCAAGAACCUCCAAUGAGUCUCCUCCUCCUCCUCCAGAAUCAGCACACGCAGCCUUUCACAUCGCUGAGCUGCUUGGACUACAUGUCCUCCAACAACCGUCAGCCGCUCCCGUGCAUGAACUGGAGCUACGACAGGCUGCAGGCUGACAGCAACGACUCCUGGAUUGAAUGCUUCAAUGCCCUUGAGCAGGGCAGGCAGUAUGUGGACAACCCCACUGGUGGAAAAGUGGAUGAAGCCCUUGUCAGAAGUGCCACUGUGCAUUCUUGGCCUCACAGCAAUGUAUUGGAUAUCAGCAUGCUCUCCUCCCAGGACGUGGUGCGCAUGCUGCUCUCCCUACAGCCCUUUCUCCAGGAUGCCAUCCAGAAGAAGCGAACAGGAAGGACCUGGGAGAACAUCCAGCAUGUGCAGGGACCACUCACCUGGCAGCAAUUCCAUAAGAUGGCAGGACGGGGAACCUAUGGCUCUGAGGAAUCUCCUGAGCCUCUUCCCAUCCCAACUUUACUUGUGGGUUAUGACAAGGACUUCCUGACAAUCUCUCCAUUCUCCUUGCCCUUCUGGGAGAGGCUGUUGCUAGACCCCUAUGGGGGCCAUCGGGAUGUCGCCUACAUCGUGGUGUGUCCAGAAAAUGAGGCCUUGCUCGAUGGAGCCAAAACUUUCUUCAGGGACUUGAGUGCUGUAUAUGAGAUGUGUAGGCUUGGCCAGCACAAACCCAUCUGCAAAGUGUUACGAGAUGGAAUUAUGCGGGUGGGAAAGACUGUGGCACAGAAGCUGACGGAUGAGCUGGUGAGCGAAUGGUUCACCCAGCCCUGGGGCACCGAGGAGUGUGACAAUCAUUCCAGGCUCAAACUCUAUGCCCAAGUUUGCCGGCAUCACCUCGCACCUUACUUAGCCACUCUGCAGCUCGACAGCAGCCUCUUGCUGCCACCCAAGUACCAAACCCCGGCACCAGCGAGCCAGCCUCAAACAGUACCUGGGAACACUGGACCUGGACCCUCCAAUCCAACCUGUCUGUCUGCUGCUGGGGCAGCACCGACGGGCAGCUCACUGAGCUCCACACCCAGUGGUGGGACCACUAGCCUUCCUGCAGGAAGCAGUUCAUCCUCUGGAUCCUCUGUGCCACAGCUGUCAGCAUCUUCUGCAACACCUGGUGUGAGCCAGAUGGCCAGUACCUCUACUCCAGGGUUUAGUGGGAACAUCGGGUCAGGGCAAAGCACCAGCACUGGGGCAAACACAGCAGAGCGCUCACAAGGAAGUGCAGCUCCUGGAGGAGACACGGAAUCGGGUCAAAACUUACCACAACAGCAACAAGAAGGACAGGAAGGUGUUACAGAGAGGGAGAGAAUAGGGAUUCCCACCGAGCCUGACUCUGCCGACAGCAACGCCUACCCUCCAGCUGUUGUCAUCUACAUGGUGGACCCUUUCACCUACACUGCAGAGGAGGAAUCUGCCUCCACCAACUUCUGGCUCCUAAGUUUGAUGAGAUGCUACACAGAAAUGCUGGAUAACUUGCCUGAGAAUAUGAGGAAUUCUUUCAUUCUCCAGAUUGUGCCUUGCCAGUACAUGCUGCAGACAAUGAAGGAUGAGCAGGUUUUCUACAUUCAGCACUUGAAGUCUCUGGCAUUUUCCGUGUACUGCCAGUGCAGGAGGCCUCUGCCCACCCAGAUCCACAUCAAGUCUCUCACAGGCUUUGGGCCAGCUGCCAGCAUUGAGAUGACCCUCAAAAAUCCUGAGAGGCCCAGCCCAAUCCAGCUGUACUCUCCUCCUUUCAUCCUGGCACCCAUCAAAGACAAACAGACAGAGCUGGGGGAAACAUUUGGAGAGGCCAGUCAGAAAUACAACGUGCUCUUCGUUGGGUAUUGUUUGUCUCAUGACCAGCGUUGGCUUCUGGCAUCCUGCACUGACCUUCAUGGGGAAUUGCUGGAAACCUGCAUAGUUAAUAUUGAUUUACCAAACAGGUCAAGGAGGAGCAAGUUGUCUGCACGUAAAAUUGGCCUGCAGAAGCUGUGGGAAUGGUGCAUUGGGAUUGUGCAGAUGACAUCCCUGCCUUGGAGAGUUGUCAUUGGGCGGCUUGGCCGCCUGGGCCACGGGGAGCUAAAAGACUGGAGUAUCCUCCUUGGGGAAUGUUCCCUGCAGACAAUCAGCAAGCAGCUGAAGGAGGUGUGCCGCAUGUGUGGCAUCUCCUCGGCUGACUCCCCAUCCAUCCUCAGUGCCUGCCUGGUUGCCAUGGAGCCACAGGGGUCCUUUGUUGUGAUGCCAGAUGCUGUCACCAUGGGGUCAGUGUUUGGCCGGAGCACUGCACUGAACCUGCAGUCAUCACAGCUGAACACCCCUCAGGAUGCCUCCUGUACACACAUCCUGGUUUUCCCAACUUCUGCUACUAUCCAGGUGGCACCAGCAAAUUACCCCAAUGAGGAUGGAUUCAGCCCUACUAAUGAUGACAUGUUUGACCUCCCAUUCCCAGAUGACAUGGACAAUGAUAUUAGAAUUUUAAUAACAGGGAAUCUUCACUCUUCACCAAAUUCCUCCCCAGUUCCUUCCCCUGGAUCACCAUCUGGCAUUGGAGUGGGAUCUCACUUCCAGCAUAGUAGGAGCCAAGGGGAACGUCUCCUUUCCCGAGAAGCCCCUGAAGAACUGAAGCAGCAACCUCUUGCUCUUGGAUACUUCGUAUCGACUGCCAAAGCUGAGAAUCUUCCGCAGUGGUUCUGGUCAUCCUGUCCUCAGGCACAAAACCAGUGUCCCCUCUUCCUGAAGGCCUCAUUACAUCACCAUAUCUCUGUAGCGCAGACCGAUGAGCUGCUACCUGCCAGAAAUUCUCAGCGAGUCCCUCACCCCCUAGACUCUAAAACUACAUCAGAUGUCUUGAGGUUUGUUUUGGAGCAGUACAAUGCACUGUCCUGGCUUACAUGUAACCCUGCCACUCAGGAUCGCAGCUCCUGCCUUCCUGUCCACUUUGUGGUGCUCACUCAAUUGUACAAUGCCAUCAUGAAUAUACUUUAAUAGAUAGAAAAGCACUUGUUCUUCUGGCUUAUUCUCCCCUCAACCUGAGAAACGUGCCACAGUCUGCAAAGAUCACAAUUUUGCUUCUCUUCAGACCAGUCCUGUGCUGUGCUUCUGUUCCUCCAAAAGCACAUGUGAGUUCUGCAGUGUUCAAAACUAAACUACCCAUUAACAUCUCUGGCAGCUUCAGUCCAAAAUCUGGGAACAUCCAAGAACAGUGAACACAGAGUAACCUCAAGCCAGUGUUAGUUUGGUGGCCCAGUAGCUACUGGUCAGUGUGAUUAUUUUUUUUAAUAUUUUAUUUUUUUAAGGAAGACUACAGUAUCUUUUUGCAUUAGGAACUCUGAUCAGCAACCAAGAGCAGUGUCAGCCCUGCAAGUAAAAAGAACUUAUAGUGACCAGUUUGGAUUGUCCGAAACUUACUUUGUUGUUUGAUCAUCAUAAACUGGGACUUUGCAGGAGGAAAAACAAAAAUACAAAUGAAAAAAACCACACAGAUGUAGUCUUGUAUAAAUAUUGGAGUUUUCUGUCUACCUGGAGUUCCUGUCAGAGUGGAUUGGGAUGAAUGCAUGCAUUUGUUACCUGUCCAUGUAGAUAUGAAUGGUCU